UAGAGACCCCAGGGGGCAGGAGGAGAGAGACCCGGAGGAGGCAGAGACUUGGCUGAGAGAAGGGGACAGAGAUGGGGAGUGGCAGGAAGGUGGGGACAAAGACCCAGAGAGGAGGAACAAGAGACCCAGGGCGGGGAAGGGGAGACACAGCUGGAUGCAGAGAUGGGAGAGCUUAGCAGGCCAUGAGGUCAGAGUGUCUGUGAGGUCAGCUGCUGUCCAGGGUCAGCCCUGGGGUCCCCAUGCCCAGAGGUGGGUCCAGUAGAUCAGGUGUCCCUUUAGAUGCCCCAGCGCCUGAGACAUGGAGACCUGGGAGGGACUGCCCCGUGAGUCCUUGGUGCCCACAAAUGCCAAGGCCCCUCAGGUACCAGAACGUGUGUCCCAGUGGGGCAGAUGAGGGAGACAGGGACAGAGAGAGAGCCAGAAAGCCACCUUGCAUGAAGCAGGAGGGGGUGGAGCCCCACCCCUGGAACUUCCUCUUUCGGGGUUCUUCCUUUCUGUCUCAGCUCUCCGUCUCUCUCUCUUUCUCUCUCAGCCUCUGUCUUUCUCCCUGUCUCCCCUACUGUCAGCACCUCUUCUGUGUGGUGAGUGGACUGCUCACCCCUCUAGGUGAAGAUGUCGGCCCAGGAGAGCUGCCUCAGCCUCAUCAAAUACUUCCUCUUCGUUUUCAACCUCUUCUUCUUCGUCCUGGGCAGCCUGAUCUUCUGCUUCGGCAUCUGGAUCCUCAUCGACAAGACCAGCUUCGUGUCCUUUGCUUGGCCUUCGUGCCCCUGCAGAUCUGGUCCAAAGUCCUGGCCAUCUCUGGAGUCUUCACCAUGGGCCUCGCCCUCCUGGGUUGUGUGGGGGCCCUCAAGGAGCUCCGCUGCCUCCUGGGCCUGUAUUUUGGGAUGCUGCUGCUCCUGUUUGCCACGCAGAUAACCCUGGGAAUCCUCAUCUCCACUCAGCGGGCCCAGCUGCAGCGAAGCUUGCAGGACAUCGUAGAGAAAACCAUCCAAAAGUACCGCACCAACCCCGAGGAGACCGCGGCGGAGGAGAGCUGGGACUAUGUGCAGUUCCAGCUGCGCUGUUGCGGCUGGCACUCCCCGCAGGACUGGUUCCAGGUCCUCACCCUGAGAGGUAACGGGUCGGAGGCGCACCGCGUGCCCUGCUCCUGCUACAACUUGUCAGCGACCAACGACUCCACAAUCCUGGAUAAGGUGAUCUUGCCCCAGCUCAGCAGGCUUGGACAGCUGGCGCGGUCCAGACACAGUACAGACAUCUGCGCGGUCCCUGCAAACAGCCACAUCUACCGCGAGGGCUGCGCGCGGAGCCUCCAGAAGUGGCUGCACAACAACCUUAUUUCCAUAGUGGGCAUUUGCCUGGGCGUCGGCCUACUCGAGCUCGGGUUCAUGACGCUCUCGAUAUUCCUGUGCAGAAACCUGGACCACGUCUACAACCGGCUCGCUCGAUACCGCUAGGCCCCGCCCCCCGUGCGCUGGGCACUUCCCUGCUGCCUGUAAAUAUUUGUUUAAUCCCCAGUUCGCCUAGAGCCCUCUGCCUUCACAUUCCCCUGGGGACCCAGGUGGCUGCCUGCCACCGCUGCUGUCACCUCUCCCACGGGACCUGGGGCUUUCGUCCACAGUUUCCUGCCCCCAUCUGUCGGCCUACCACCUCCCACAAGAUUAUUUUUCACUCAAACCUCAAAUAAAUGCCCUGCGUUUUUGGUAAAA